AUGAGCUUGCGCAACUUGAUACCUGCAAAGACCGCCAGCGCGAGGGCCAAUGCCCUGAACGCAUUCAAGCGAUGGGUAGCAUCGGAGGAGGUGCCGUUCGAGCACCUUGUUCUCAGUAUUGCUCAAAUCUCGAAUGCGUCCGUAUUUGAAUCAACAAUGGACAAGUUUGGCAUGUACUUGACGUUCGACGAGGGCCUCAGGAAUGCACUGGCGGCAUAG